AUGUCCUGCUCUGACCUGUACCCCAGCUCUGCCUGCGGCGUCCUGCGCCCCCAGCCCCUGGCUGACAGCGGGAACGAGCCCUGUGUGCGCCAGUGCCCCGACUCCACCACCCUGAUCCAGCCUCCCCCCGUGGUUGUCACCUUCCCUGGGCCCAUCCUCAGCUCCUUCCCUCAGGAUUCCAUCGUGGGAUCUGCUGGAGCCCCCGUUCUUGGGGGCUAUGGGGGCUCCCUGGGCUAUGGGGGCUAUGGAUCCCUGGGUUAUAGGGGUUAUGGAUCCCUGGGAUAUGGGGGAUAUGGAUCCCUGGGUUAUGGGGGUUAUGGAUCCCUGGGCUAUGGGGGCUAUGGAUCCCUGGGCUAUGGGGGCUAUGGAUCCCUGGGUUAUGGGGGAUAUGGAUCCCUGGGUUAUGGGGGAUAUGGCUCCCUGGGCUAUGGGGGUCUGUGGGGCUCUGGCAGAUCCUAUGGCUCCUGCAGCCCCUACUCCUACAGGUCCAGCAGGUACAGCCGUGGCAGCUUUGGGCCCUGCUGA